GACAGCGCUGCAUUGCAGCUCGUUCCACUAUGAAGAGCAGACUGUACGGUCAUACCCUUGUACGGUCCAUGCCAUUAAUUUUGCAGCGAGUGAGUUCAUCGAUUGGUAGUAGAUUAGCUACGGAAAUUUCAGAGAUCGGAGGAUGGGUGAUAGUCAUAGAGAAAACUGCGGCGUACCUUUGCUGCAGCCGAAUCGGAGGCCUAAGGAGCCAUGGAAAGGGGAAUUUGUGAAGAGCCUAGUGUUGGCAGGCAUGGACGCCAUUAUCACCUCCUUCUCGCUCAUUUCUUCCAUCUCCGCCGCCCGCCUGUCCUCCGUGGAUGUUUUGGUGCUGGGAAUCGCUAACCUGGUGGCGGACGGGAUCUCCAUGGGAUUUGGGGAUUUUGUGGCGAGCAGCACGGAGAAGGAUGUCGCCGCCAAGGAAAGAUCCAUCACGGAAUGGGAUGUUGGGAACCACGGAAGGAUUGAGCAUCACGAAUUGGUCCAGCGGUAUCGCGCACAAGGGAUGACCGCCAUGGAUGCAGCCACGGUUGUCACCGUGUUUUCCAAAUAUCCCGAGAUCCUGGUGGAUGAGAAAAUGGCAGCCGAGAAGGGAAUGUCACCUCCUGACCAGAACGACAAGCCCUGGAAGAACGGCCUUGUUACAUUUGCAUCUUUUCUGGCAUUUGGGUGUGCUCCAAUUCUGUCGUUCAUCAUCCUCAUCCCGAUCACAGACAGUAACAUGAUCAAGUUCAUUGGAGCCUGUACGCUCUCUGCCAUCGCCCUAACCAUUUUAGGGAUAGCCAAAGCCAAAAUCGCAGGGCAAAAUUACAUGGUCUCGGUGGGUACAACACUUCUUAACGGGGCCAUAGCUGGGGCAGCAGCUUACGGCAUCGGGUGGACACUAAGGAAUGUUGCUGGCUUAGAAUGAAGCAGUUAUUUGCACAGAAUAUAUUGAAGAAUAUGUUCAUGUCCAGUUCCAGCGGUCGCUAGUUCCCUUCUGUCAGCGCCGACUGCAAUGCAUGCUCCGCCUCCAUUAAGAAACGUCGAGUCAGUUCCUUCUGCCCUUGCCGAUAUGUUAUGCUUGCCCAUUUUCUUCUACUCAUCAGAUGGGGAGGGGAUGCCAUGCCGUUGCUGACAAAGGCACAAAGGACAGCAAAUUGCAAGGUGAGUCAGGAAAGCAAUGUUCUUUUUAAUUUAAACAUGAGGUCUAGACUCUUAUGUAAUGCAGAAAAUUGGAUGAUUUCAAAUGCCUGAGAAUUGACACAAAGGCACAAAUGCAAGUGAUCCAAGUCA